CAGUUAACAGGAAAAACGGGAGCAGAUCAGCAGCAGCCAAUAACAUUAAUUUAACCAUUUUACACAACUAUUAAGUUAGCUAACAUCGGAAAUAAAACAGCAAUAUCAACUUUACAUGUGUUGCUUUGGCGUCCUCCGCCUCAGAGCGCGACCGUGGAGGCGUGGUCUCCUUCAGAAGUCUCACACGGACCCGCUUACCCUUGGCCAGUUCCUCCUCGAUCUCUUCUCUGGACUCUGGAAUGUUAAUAACACUGAAUAAUGUCAAAACGCAAGUACAAAUUGUACUUAGAGCCUAAGAGCAGAGUUACAUUUCCCUGUGCAAGACUGAAAAGAGGACAUUUGGAUGUGGCAGAUGGUUCAGGAGAUGCAGAUGUUGAGACCAUGUCUCCAUCUGGCGAUAUUCAGCUUGAUCCAGAUGACACGGCCAACAUGGUUUUGGCUUUCACCAGUGACCACAUAGAUCAAGGGGACAGAAUCAAUCCACACCUGAGCACUGCAGAUGUUGAGACAAUGUCUCCAUCUGGCGAUCUUCGUCUUCAGCUGGAUCCAGAUGUCACGGCCAACAUGGUACUGCCUCUUGCUGCCAACUGUGGAGAAAAUGAAAGUGAAGUUAGACCAGGUUCAAGCUGUGCAAAUCUUGAGAUGUCUUCAUCUGGUCACUUUCUGCUUACAUCUGAGCUGCAACCAAGUGACAUGGCCCAGCAGUUUAGUUGUGAUUCAUCAUCUGAAGACAGUGUUUCUGAAGUUGAUUCGGAAAUUCCAGAUAUUCCAGAAGAUGAUCCAUUCAGACAGAUAGGUUUUGAUACAGACAUGGAUUCAGUACUAAUGUCAGCAGGUACAACGACAAAGGCUGAGGCACUGCUCAUGGUGAUGAGUCAUGCAGCCAGACAUAAUAUAACAGGGACACAACUUCAUGACUUAUUACAGCUCAUAAAUACUCUGUUUGGCAAAGAGGUGUUACCCAGAUCAAAAUAUUUGUUCAAUAAGGUCUUUAAAAACAACUCCGACAUUGUGGAGUUCCACUUCUACUGCAAAACCUGUAAAGUAUACAUUGGCACAAAAGAAGACAUACAAGACAAAAACAUUGCACAGUGUGCAAUCUGUAGUGCUUCAAUUGAAAUCAGUUCCUUGAACAGUGCAAGCUUUUUUAUCAACAUACCAAUUGCACCUCAAAUCCAGACGCUGCUUGAAAAUCCUCAGAUUCAAAACAGCAUGAGCUACAGACACCAAAGGCCACAUAAUGAGCAUGUUAUCUCGGACAUAUAUGAUGGUGAAAUGUAUCGAAACUUGUCCAGACCUGGUGGAAUUCUGUCAGAUCCAAACAAUUUGUCAUAUAAUUUCAAUUCUGAUGGCUUGCCUGUGUACAAGUCUUCCAGAUUUUCUAUAUGGCCCAUACACCUGCAUUUAAACGAGCUCCCUCCCAAAAUGAGAUUUCAGAAUGUAGUGCUUGCAGGUCUUUGGUUUGGUACUCAAGAGCCAGUUAUGUCUAUUUUUCUCAGACCCUUUGUUGAUCAGGCCAAAACACUGGCAUCCAGAGGUAUGUCUUGGAGAAAAAAUGGAACGUGUGUGCACAGCAAAAUUGUUGGGUUAUGUUGUUGUGUAGACUCAAAGGCAAGACCAGCCAUGCAAAACACCACACAGUUUAAUGGGUACUUUGGUUGUGGCUUCUGUUUACAUCCUGGUACUCUAGUAGAGAAACAGGUGAAGUACACUGUGACUGACACAGAAUAUCCUGACAGAGAAGCAAAGAAAAUGCUGGCAGAUAUGGAGCAAGCAGUAGCACAAAACAGAAGUGUCAGAGGAGUGAAAGGUCCAUCACCACUCAUAAACAUGCCCUAUUUUGAUAUAGUGUGGGGCUUUGUUCCAGACUAUAUGCAUGCUGUCUUACUGGGUGUCAUUAGACAGCUCACAGAGCUUCUUUUGAACAACAGUGAUCAACCCUAUUACACUGGGAGUCCCAACACUAUGAGGGUGCUAGAAAACAGGAUCAAGGACAUAAAGCCACCACACCUGAUAACACGACUACCCAGACCCCUUGCAGAAUGCAAGUACUGGAAAGCCUCAGAGUGGCGAGCAUGGCUCCUGUUUUACAGCUUGCCAGUCCUGAAUGGUGUACUUCAACCACGUUAUGUGAAGCACCUAGGCCUUCUGGUAUCAGCAGUAUUUCUACUUCUGAAUGAGAACAUUACCUUCCAAGAAGUCAACAAAGCAGAUAACAUGCUUUUUGAGUUUGUGGCAAGGUUUCAGUUGCUGUAUGGCGAGACAUCUAUGACAUUUAAUGUACACCUGCUAACUCACCUUGCAAAAUCAGUGAAAUUGUGGGGGCCACUCUGGGCACACUCAGCAUUUGUGUUUGAAAAUGCAAAUGGUGGUCUGUUGAAACUAGUGCAUGGAACAAAGUGUGUAGCUCUGCAGAUUGUGAACAAAUUCCUAUUGCACAGAGCAAUACCACUCUUUACCACAAGGUAUGCAGUUAGUGAGCAAGUUAAGGAGUUCUGUUUGGAAAUGACAAAUGACCGAAGAGUAAAGAGUUUCACAAAAUGUCAAGACACAACUGUUCUGGAUAGUGGCAGAGUGACAGAGACUACUGAUGCUGAAAAAGAGCCUUCAUUUCUGCACAGAAACAUCCACCAGACGAAAUGGUAGUGCACAGGAGAAUGGUGCAUAAAGGACUAGUUUAUACCAGCAAAAGCUAUAGCCUAAGUAAGAGACGCAAAGACUUUUUUGCAAAGAUGAGUGAUGGUGUUUAUGGAGAAAUCCAGAAUAUUGUAUCCUUUCCUUCAGAAGGGGGUACAGAAAUUGCUCUCCUUUUCAAAAAGCUUUAUACAAAUACCUUCUUUCCUUUAUCACAAGGUUAUGGGUUUGUCUCACAUAUCCGACUUGUAAGUGGAAGCCUUUUUUCGCCAGUGUGUCUGAUUUCAGUAGACCGGUUAGAGCAGAAAUGCAUGGUUUUAAAAACGGGUGAUCAGACGUACAUUUGCGACUUUCCAAAUGCAUAUGAGAGAGACUAGUCUUAAUCAUAGAUGGUCAUUCUGUUAGUUGUUGGUGGUGAUGAUAUAAGCCCUUUCUGUUUAAUAUGAUUUCUUGCCUUGAGUGCGAAGACCUUUCCAUGAGUGGAACUGGUUAAGGUGUCAUUAGACGGCCUAAAUGUGAACUUGGGUCAUGUGAUAACAGGAAGUGUUUUUUAUAUGUGAGUCUGAUACUGCUUCGACAUUUCUGUUCGACUAUUUUAUAUUUGAGCAGUUUGACUAUUUAUAUGUGAGUCUGAUACUGCUUCGACAUUUCUGUUUGAUUAUCUUAUAUUUGAGUCUGAUACUGCCUUGCUACUCCUGUUUUAAUGAUUCUUCUCAGCUUUGCUGUUUCUGUUGUGUGUUGCUAUGUAGGUACUAUUUAUAUACAUUUAUUUAUUUAUUUAUUUGUAUCUGGUUGUUUCACUGUAAAGCACUUUGGUCAGCCGAGUGGCUGUUUUAAACGUGCUAAACAAAUAAAGUGACCUUGACCAAGCCCUGAAAAAAAACAGAAAAGAAAAAACAGACAGGGCUUAUCAUUAGUAUCAAACAGAGAUUGGUGACCACUGGGCUAGUGAGUGGACCUAGGCCUAUACAUUUAGAUUAUUAUGUGACAAUACUGAUCCCUAAGGUCUAAGGAACAGUGAACUUCCAUGCUGAAACUAUAAUCACCAUGUUUGACAGAUGAGGUGGUCUUUCAAGGGUCAUUAUUUCUCCAACAAACUGGUUUAUAAAGUUACUGCAAUGUAAUUUUUGAUUAAACAUCCUCCACAAUACAGUGACACCGGAUGCUUGUAGGAACAUUGUUAAUGCAAUCUCUUAUAUUGGUGUACAUUGCUUGUUAACUGACUGUUACAGGCCAUAUUACCACAAAGGCUAGAAAAUGUAAAUGGUUAAAGAAACAUGUAUUCAUCUCACACAUCAAGUAUUAAGGGCGAUUAAAGGAGAACUUAUUGAAAAUUAUAAGAAUUUUAUAUAAGAAUUAAAAAUUCCCCAGAGUUCUCCUUUAAGCAUUCUAAUUUAUUAAUGUGAAUACUGAAUGCACUGUAUAGUAUAUAUUGUCAUGGUAGUAAUGGUAUCAAAUAAUUCCUAUAAAUGUGAAUGUAACGUGCAAAUAUUCUGUUGCAAUAAUA